UUUGUUUAUGUGCGAAUAUCCUCGUUUUAUGGUACCCGACAGAAAUACUUGGCCAGUUUAUGUGAAACUAGUUAAUAAUAAAUUACCAAUUCGCUAUAUAACACUGUAUUUGAUUUUUGUGUGAUUUAAAACGAUGUUAAGAAGUGUAGUAUCUCAAAUUGUAAAAUCACUAAUUAAGUUUGAAAAUAUUGUUUUGUCGUUUGAAACAAGACAACCUUCAGAUACAUGUUAUGCACUUUGCAUCGAGAACUCAAUACCUGGAAAGGAGAGUCGUGCUGUUUCUUCAUUAUUGGAAGACUGGUGUCUUUGGGCUGUACCUAAACACAGGAUAACUGUAGAGAAGCGUCAGCAGAGAAAGUUCGGUUGGCCGACCCAUGUCUGGAAACCUAUAGUACCCAAGAAAAAUCUUGUGACGUGCCGAUCUUGUGGAGACCAUCAUGUUUCUGGUCACUUAUGCCCUACAUGUUACUCUAAGAAUAAGAAGGAGACGGAACAGAUACAAGCAGCUAUAGUAGCCAGGUUAGGCCUCCAGCCUAUAGACACAGAGGUGGUUGUGUUAUAUCAAGGAGAAAGGGAGGGAGUUACUGACGAGUUCUCACAGGGUAAACGCAUAAUUGAAAUGAAGAAAGAGCGGCCAGCUUGGUUCUGUAGGAAUCUCUCUGAGAGGACCACUCAAGCUUCUGCCUCAACUACCUCAGUGAGACGCUCAGACCUCGCUUAGUAGACAUUGGACAGACUCUCUGAUCUAAUUUUUGUGAUGAAAUCAUAAAACUUGUGAUAUUAUCUGUUAGUAUAUUGUACAUUUUAUGACUUUUGUUAAUAAUAAUAAUAAACAGAUUUAACUUUCAAAUAAAAUAGUUAUUUUGGUCACAA